AUGGCUGAGACCGUCCCAUUUAAUCGUGCAAUCAACCAUGUCGCCAUCUCCUGUACCGACCUCGAAGCCCUCGUAGCCUGGUACCAGCGCAACCUGGGCUUCCAAGUAAUCGGAAGAAUCCGACACUUCAGCCGAGAGACCACGCCCGAAGCAUUCACUCAGAUCUUCAUCUCCUACCCCAAGACGAUGCGUGAGUUGAAGUUUGCGAUUCUAACGAGCGGCAACGGUGUCGGUCUGGAAGUAUUCCAAUUCAUCGACCCCGCGCCCGUGAAACGAGACGAAGAAUUCGAAUUUGCACGCAUUGGGUUUUUCCAUAUUUGCGUCACGGAUCCGAACCCGGAGGCACUGUUGGCGAAGGUCAUUGCGGAUGGUGGGAAACAAAUUGGAGGAUGGAUGGACUAUAGCCGGUACGGGUUGCUAGGACACAGGGGCGUGUAUAUGCAGGAUCCCUGGGGGAAUGUCGUUGAGUGCAUGUCUAUCAGUGUCGAGAGGGUAUGCUCUGCCGGUGGUGCUAUUGCCUUCCUGCUGCAGAAGCAAGAGCAGGAAUCUAAGGCUGCUGCCUCGAAAUGA